CUUCCGAGGCUGGAGACAAAAUGGCGUCGGGACGGUGCCGGAGCUGAGGCCGCUCCGGGCCGCUCCGAGCCGGGGCCGCGGGAGGAGGCGGCGGCGGCGGUGGCGGCGCCUCAGAACACAACUGAACCUACUGUGGUUGUGGAGACCUUGGCUGAUGUACCUGAGCAUGUGCUUAGGGGGCUUCCUGAGGAUGUGAGGCUCUUCCCAUCUGCUGUUGACAAGACAAGGCUUGGUGUCUGGGCAACAAAAUCAAUUUUGAAAGGCAAGAAAUUUGGGCCUUUUGUUGGUGACAAGAAAAAAAGAUCUCAAGUUAAGAGCAAUGUAUAUAUGUGGGAGGUGUAUUACCCAAACUUGGGGUGGAUGUGUGUUGACGCAACUGAUCCAAAGAAAGGGAACUGGCUGCGGUAUAUAAACUGGGCACGUUCAGGAAAGGAGCAAAAUCUGUUUCCUCUGGAGAUCAACAGGACUAUAUACUACAAAAGUUUAAAGCCAAUCGCGCCCGGCGAGGAGCUGUUGGUGUGGUACAAUGGGGAGGACGACCCGGAGAUAGCCGCCGCUAUCGAGGAGGAGCGAGCCAGCGCCCGGAGCCGGCGGCACUCCCCGAAAGCCAGGAGAGGAAAGAAAAAGACUCAGGAAGGUAAAAACAAGGGAAAGAAGGUAACAGAUACAAAGCAGAAAAAGGCUGACUUGGAUUCUUCUGCAGAUAUGAGGGAUUCUAAAGAGGGUCAUAAAGAAGAAGAUGAAAAGCCUUCUGUUUCUGCUGUACUGUCUCUGGAACAAACAGCUGUAAUUCAGGAAAUGGUAAAUCAAGAUGUACUUCCAAAGCUGAUGAUCCCCAGUCCUACCACUGAACCACAAACGGUGACUGAAGACAAACAAGGAGAAGCAAUAAACUGUGGAUUGGAUGAUUUAGAUGAUGAUGAAGAGGAGGAGGAUGAGGAUGAGGAGGAAGAUGAAGAGGAGAUAGAAGAAACCAGUAUGCUUAAGGAAAAUGCUGAAAUGCCUUUAAUAUGCGAAGAAAAGUUAGAUUCUAUGGAAGAGCAAAAGAGUACAUCAGAGGAAUCUCCAGAAAGCUCUCCAAAGAAACUAGUUGUGAAAAUUCCAAAAGCAAGAGGCGAAUCAAAUGGUGAUGUUCAGGAAACGUUCAUGUUUCCUUGUCAACAUUGUGAGAGGAAGUUUACAACAAAGCAAGGACUUGAACGCCACAUGCACAUUCAUAUAUCUACUGUUAACCAUGCUUUCAAAUGUCGAUAUUGUGGGAAAGCCUUCGGUACUCAGAUUAACAGACGAAGACACGAACGGCGCCAUGAGGCAGGGCCAAAAAGGAAACCGUUCUUAACCCUAACAUCAUCGCAACACUUGGAUAAUGUUGCUGAUAACCAAGUAAUUGUGGAUGAUGGUCUUAAAGAUGACUUGAACGUUUCCAGUCUUGUGCAAGACUCUGUAGUCUUGGAUUCUGAGAAAGCCUCCCAAGAAAUGUCAAACUCCACUUUUGCUGAGGAAAAUAAGGAGCCCAAAGAAUUGCAUCCGUGCAAAUAUUGCAAAAAGGUUUUUGGAACUCACACCAACAUGCGGAGGCAUCAGCGUAGGGUUCAUGAGCGUCACCUUAUUCCCAAAGGUGUCAGAAGAAAAGGAUUCUAUUCUGAAGAGCCACCACUUCAGACUGAGCAGACCCCAGCAGUCCAGAGUGUAUAUAUAGCAAGUACAGAAAUAGAAGAGGAAGGUGAAGUAGAUGACGUCUAUAUUAUGGAUAUUUCCAGCAAUAUCUCUGAAAACUUAAAUUAUUACAUUGAUGGUAAAAUUCAGUCCAACAGCAGUACUAGCAAUUGUGAUGUGAUUCAGAUGGAGUCCAACUCUGCAGACUUGUAUGGACUAAAUUGUAUAAUCAGUCCAGUCACAGUGGAAAUUUCCUCAAAUUUGAAGGUUACACAAACGCAUGUGAAUGAACCUCCUAAAGAGCCCUCUAGCAGUGGGAGCAAUGAAUCCAAAAAGAGGAGAACUGCCAGCCCUCCUCUUGUACCAAAAAUAAAAACCGAAACAGACCCAGAACCUAUAACUCCUACUAGUUCUUUAAAUCUUCCUCUUAGCAUUUCAACAGAGAGCUUGCCUUUUCAUAAAGAAAAAAGUGUGUAUUUGUCGUCAAAAUUAAAACAGCUUCUUCAGACACAGGACAAUAAGAAAAUAACUCCAUCAAGCGAAAUCCCUAAACUAGGACCCUCUGUUACAUCAUCACCUAUUUUGCCUCCAGUAUCCAGUAGAUUUAAAAGAAGGACCAGCUCUCCUCCUAGUUCUCCACAACAUAGUCCAGUACUUCGAGACUUUAAGUCAGGUGAGGGAAAAACUGUGUGGAAUGAUAAUCUUCGAAGCUCAAAAAUGCCAAAGUUAGAAAGCCACAGCAACUCACCUGCUUGGAGCUUGACUGGAAGGGAAGAAAGAGAGACUAUGAGCCCUCUUUGCUUUGAAGACUACAAGCUAUCGAAAGACUGGACAGCAGCUCCAACUUUUGGCAAUGUGUGCAACCAGCAGCCACUGGAUUUGUCUAGUGGUGUAAAGCAACGGUCUGAUGUCAAAAAUAAGAAUCAAGUUCCUUGGGAAUCUGUAUUAGAUUUAAGCGUGCAUAAGAAGCCUUGCAGUGAUGCUGAAAUUAGGGAAUAUAAAGAAAACUCCAUACAGCCAACCUGUAGUGGUGUUAAAAAGAAGAAACCAACUACUUGCAUGUUACAGAAGGUUCUGCUGAAUGAGUAUAAUGGAAUGGAUGCAGCCACAGACAGCACACCCAGUGUGAACAGAAGCCCGAGUCCAAGCAAAUCUCAGGAGUCUCAACCAGAACCUGACACAGACCCCAGUCUAUCUGCAUCAUCUUCUGUUGACACUCAGCCCCUUAGUUCCUCUGUUUCCCCUGUGCCACAGCCAUCUGCUGUACCUUCCAUGUGCCAGUUGCCACCUUUGUUAACACCCACCAAUCCUUCUUCCCCACCACCCUGCCCACCUGUGUUAACAGUUGCUACAUCACCUCCUCCCCUUCUUCCAACGAUGCCAUUAUCAAUUCCAGAUGUCUCUGCCAGUGCCACUAACACUUCUUCUUGUCCGUCUCCACUUUCUAACACUACUACCCAGUCCCCUCUACCUGUUCUUUCACCUACUGUUUCUCCUUCUCCGUCCCCUGUUCCUUCUGUUGAACCUCUUAUUUCUGCUGCUUCACCUGGUCCUCCUACUCUCUCUUCCUCUUCUUCUUCCUCCUCUUCCUCCUCCUUCUCCUCCUCUUCCUCUUCAUCAUCUCCUUCUCCACCUCCUCUUUCAGUAGUUUCUUCUGUUGUUUCCUCUGCUGAUAAUCUUGAAAAUACUCUUCCAAUAAUAAAACAGGAGGAAACUGAAAAUGAACAGAAAGCAAGAGAAGAUCCUCAUACUUCAGGUGAAUCAGGAGUAGUGCAGGAAACAUUCAAUAAAAGCUUUGUGUGCAAUGUCUGUGAAUCACCUUUUCUUUCUAUUAAAGACCUAACUAAACAUUUAUCUGUUCAUGCUGAAGAGUGGCCCUUCAAAUGUGAAUUCUGUGUACAGCUUUUUAGGGAUAAAAGAGACUUGUCAGAACAUCGCUUUCUGCUUCAUGGAGUGGGAAAUAUCUUUGUUUGCUCGGUCUGUAAAAAGGAAUUUGCUUUUUUGUGCAAUUUGCAGCAGCAUCAGCGAGAUCUCCAUCCAGACAAAGAGUGCACGCAUCAUGAGUUUGAAAGUGGGACUUUGAGACCCCAGAAUUUUACUGACCCUAGUAAGGUCAACAUAGAGCACAUGCAGAACCUGUCAGAAGACUCUUUAGAACCUUCUAAAGAGGAAGAUGAUGAAGAUCUAAAUGAUUCCUCUGAAGAACUUUAUACUACUAUAAAAAUAAUGGCUUCUGGGGUAAAAUCUAAAGAUCCAGAUGUUCGUAUGGGCCUCAAUCAACACUACCCAAGCUUUAAACCACCUCCAUUUCAGUAUCACCAUCGCAAUCCUAUGGGUAUUGGAGUUACUGCAACAAACUUCACUACCCACAAUAUUCCACAGACUUUUACUACUGCCAUCCGCUGCACAAAAUGUGGGAAAAGUGUUGAUAACAUGCCUGAAUUACACAAACACAUAUUGGCUUGUGCAUCUGCGAGUGAUAAAAAGAGAUACACACCCAAAAAAAAUCCAGUACCGCUGAAACAGACAGUGCAGCCUAAGAAUGGCAUGGUUGUUAUAGCUGGCCCUGGAAAGAAUGCUUUCAGACGAAUGGGUCAGCCUAAAAGACUUAAUUUCAAUGUUGAGAUUAGCAAAAUGUCCUCAAGUAAACUAAAAAUAAGUGCAUUGAAAAAGAAAAACCAGCUUGUCCAGAAAGCUAUUUUGCAAAAGAAAUCUGCCCAGCAGAAGGCAGAAUUGAAAAAUAAUUCAUCCGAGUCAGACUCCCAUAUCUGCCCCUACUGUAAUCGAGAGUUUACGUAUAUUGGAAGUUUGAACAAACACGCAUCAUAUAGCUGUCCCAAGAAACCCAUCUCCCCAUCCUCUAAAAAAAAUUCAUCAAAAAAAAAUGUAAGUUCUUCGUUACCUGCAAGCAAUGAAAAAGGCAGCAACCAGCGUAGGCGAACAGCAGAUGCUGAGAUCAAAAUGCAAGGCAUGCAGCCUCACUUGGGCAAGACAAGAGCACGAACCUCAGGACCUGCUCAAAUCCAGCUGCCCUCUGCGUCCUUCAAAUCAAAACAAAACGUUAAAUUUGUACCUUCCAUGCGAUCUAAAAAGCCAAAUUCAUCUUCAUCGUUGAGGAACUCUAGUCCUGUAAGAGUGUCCAAAAUGACUCACGUUGAUGGGAAAAAAACUAAAGUGGUGGCUAAGAACAGUUCCUCUGGAAUCUCAAGCAAAGCGACCCGGAAAUUGCACGUCAGAAUACAAAGGAAUAAUAAAGCUGUUCUGUCAAGUAAGUCUGCUGUGGCGAGUAAGAAAAAGGCAGACAGAUUCUCUGUAAAAUCUAGAGAGAGGAUUGGAGGACCUAUUACACGAAGCUUACAGCAGGCGGCAAAUGCAGAGGCAGCAGAAAACAAAAGAGAUGAAAGUACAAAACAAGAAUUAAAAGAUUUCAGGAAUCUCCUGUAAAACAAAGCAAAACAAAACAAAAAAAAUCCCUUAAUGACAUGGUAGAGCUGUUGCAUGCUCAACUUAGGAUAAGCACUACGACAAUGGAUGUGAAGUCCACCAAGCUUGCGAAACCAGCUGAAGCUGACUCACAAUCAUAAAAUUGCCUGCAGGCUUCUUGCUAAUACUCGGUGUCAGGCAUAGACUUAUUUUGUGCCUGACACUCAUGCUGGGCUUCACGAUGAUUCAGAUAAGAGAAGGGUACUAUUAAAAACAAAAUGGAACCAAAACACCACCACCAAACCAAAAAUAAUAAUAAUAAAAAACAACACACACACACCAAAAAAAAAAUAUCAAAAGCAAGUGGGAUUAAACUAAACCAAAUCUUCUUCCCUUGAAUGCUUAGAUCCUUGUUUUGUCUGUACCUUCACAAAUGGCAUAAUGGCAGUCACUUGUAAAGUUGGCAAAGGAGAGAUUGCCUGUUUUAUCAGUAAUGCAGUAGAGAUUCAGGGACAACAAAUGUUGGCGCAUUCUAAGUAUUUCUGUCAUGUAGAAAGUCUGCUAAAACCUUUCUUCUAAACAGUAGAGAGGAACCUAGUAUGAUGCAUUUCCUUUUCUUCCCACCUUCUCCCCACUUCCUGAGUGUUUUAGAUGACCAGCAUAUAAUGGGAAAAAAGCCUGAUUUGGAUGUUCUGUGAGUUUUCCAAAUUCCUAUUUAUACUUGCAGAUGGAACUUUAUAUAGCAAUGAAAUACCGAUACCAGUUUCUAAAUACUAUAUAUAAUGAAUGCAGUGUAUCUUUUUAUUGAUAAAAAGGCUAGACCAGGGCUACAUACCUGUAUAUUUUGAAAGUUAAAUAUAUAAUUACUCUAAAAGGUCUUACACCUCUAUCUAAUAACUUAAAACAACAAAUUGGUCUGUUGUUCUUAAACAUCUUUUUAUGGAAAUACCAUUUCUCGUGUUUAUAUAGCUUUCAAGAUUAAUGACUGAGUUGAUGGAAAGUGACUAGUUUCAUUAUACAGCCACCCCUUUUAUUUUUUGUUCUUGACUUAAAAAGUAAUCUACCUCUUAAAAUUUGUAGUUUAAUACUUGUUUGGUGAAUUUGUGCCACUUUAACUUUCACUUUCACUAUCAUUCCCAUUUUGUUACAUUUCUGUUAUGGGGACUUUAUGUUGAAAUAUUGUAUAAAGCAUUUGUAGCAAGUUUAAAAAAUAAAAUAUUUAAAAUUAUUUAAAUUGUUUUGGACACUUCAAUUGUACUAUAUGUGAUUUACAUUUUACAUUAAUUUCAUUUUGUUUUCAUUUUGGGUUGUUAAUCUCGGAGCAUGUUCCUGUAUUAAAGUUUGCUGUUAGUUAUAUUGUUUCUUUUCUUUUUUUUUCUUUUUUUUUUUUUUUGGAGAGUGAUAUAAAGAGUAUUCUAAUGAAAACAUUAAAAAUUACAAUUUGACAUACAAGUGGGGUCGUCAUUGCUUUUGAACAUUGUAGCCUUGCCGAAGAUACUGUAAGUGCAGGUAAGCAACUGAAGAGGGAGAUUUCUCCUCCAGCACGCAGCACAUCAUAUAAGUUGCAGAUGUGGCAAAGAGUCUCUGUGGUAUUGCAAGCAAGCA